UACAUUUUUAUGUACUAGAAUUCAAAUAAUGCCGUUUACAUUAGCAAAAAGUAGAGAAAUAGAGAUUAUGAUUGGUUGAUUAACUUAUCCAUUGUUAAUAACAAUUAUUAUCGAUCAAAUUCAUCCCGUUUAGUUUAAAUAAAACAUUAAAAACCUGAUAAACACCACCGAUCAGCAUAAAAAAAAACAAAAAAUACAAAUUCCGUCUGACGUCUGUCCAUCUGUCUUUCCUUAAUCUCGAGAAUGAAGUUAGAUAGAUGAAAGACGAGACCGGUUAUGGAAACAUUACGGGCAGGAACCGAUUAACUAUAUAAUAACUUUCGAUGAAAACCGGAAGUCACGUUUUUUCAAUUCAAAAAUUUUCUCCCGAAUAGAUGACUGGCACCGUUAAAGGAGAAGUAUGGCGUACAGGGGCAAGCCAUUACUAAUUUGAGGUGGAGAGCAUAUAUUUUAAAUUAAAUAAAUUAAAAAUAUGAUUAAAAAUUGCAGCCCGGCAUUGUGACGUCACAAUAAUUAAUUGCUCGUACAACAUUAGAAUAUAACAAAGAAUUACAGGUAUUCACUGCUUAAGAACUGGGAUACGUUCGGAGAAAUAAGUCGUUAAGCCAGCAUAGUGUAAUCAUUGAAGCUAUAUAGAGGGUGGUUCAUUCUAAUUAAUAUAACAAUAUAAAUAAUACCGAAUUUCAUUUCGAGUAGGAACUUAAUUGGAGAAACAAAUGGCUUAUGUUGGGAAUUCUCCUUCGGUAAUUGUACAGCAGCCGGUAUUUCGUGAUACACCUGUUCAAACCCUCUGUCCAAACUGUAGAAAUACCGUUGUUACAUCGACUGUAAAAGAGAGUGGUGGUUGUACUUAUUUGGCAGCUUUUGCAGUUUGUUUAAUAUGUUGCCCAUGCUUUUGGAUUCCACUAGUGAUUGACACCUGUAAAGAUACUAUCCACACCUGUCCUAAUUGUAACAGUACUUUGGGAAUAAGUAAAGCACUGUAAUUUAAAUACUUAGGAUGCCAUAUUCACUGCUACAAAGUCGCCUAUGAAAUUAUUUUUAACAAUUUAAAAUUUUUAAAAUAAAGUACAAAAUUUUUCAUAGUU